AUGGCGAGGCGGGCCCUCUCCGCUCUGCUUCUAGCAGCCCUGGCGUGCGACGUCGCGUACGCCAAGUUCGGCAGGUACAGCUUCCCCGAGGGCUUCAUCUUCGGCACCGGCUCCGCGUCGUACCAGUACGAGGGUGCUUACAAGGAAGGAGGCAAAGGCCCCAGCGUGUGGGACAUCUUCAGUCACAUACCAGAUGUAGCGGUUGACUUUUACCAUCGAUACAAGGAGGACGUGAAGCUCCUCAAGGACAUGAACAUGGAUGCCUUCCGGUUCUCAAUUGCCUGGACCAGGAUCCUGCCAACUGGCUCCCUGAGCGGAGGAAUCAACAAGGAAGGGGUGGCCUUCUACAACAGCCUCAUCAACGAGGUCAUCGCAAAUGGGCUGAAGCCAUUCGUCACCAUCUUCCACUGGGACACGCCCCAGGCCCUCGAAAGCAAGUACCAGAGCUUCCUCAGCGAGAACAUCAUCCAGGACUACGUGGACUUCGCGGAGGUGUGCUUCCGCGAGUUCGGCGACCGCGUCAAGUUCUGGACCACGGUCAACGAGCCCUUGUCGGUCGCGUCGCAGGGGUACGGCACUGGCGUCUUCGCCCCCGGCCGGUGCUCGCCGUUCAUCUCCGCGUCCUGCACCCCCGGCGACUCCGGCCGCGAGCCCUACGUGGUGACGCACCACAUCCUCCUCGCCCACGAUGCGGCCGUGGCGCUGUACCGCGCCAGGUACCAGGCGGCGCAGCGCGGGCAGGUAGGCAUCACGCUGCCGUCGCACUGGUUCGUGCCCAACACCGACACCGCCGCCGACCGGCGGGCCGUGCAGCGCUGCCUGGACUACAUGUACGGUUGGUACCAGGGCCCCCUCGUGCACGGCGAGUACCACUACCGGAUUCACUGACUUUGCUGAGUGACG